AUGGUGAUCAACGACGACAUCACCGCCAUUGCCACUGAGGGAAGAAGCUUGUGGAAGGACGAAAAAAUCGAGGUGGAGCUCUUGGAUCAGACGAAGACUACUACAGCUACCAGUAAUGCAGUCCUGAUCCGAUUUCCCAACCAAGACACUCGGAACAGGGUGCUCGAGUCCUCUCCUUGGCGCAUCAGUGGCUUCAAGUUCUUCAUGAUGAAAUGGGAAGGACAGCUGCUGACGUCGUCGCCGUCCAUCCCGAUGUGGGUGAGGCUGUACAAUGUUCCGGAGGAGUAUUUGAACCCUAGAGGGCUGAGUUACAUAGCCAGCGCUCUCGGGAAGCCUAUGUACGUGGAUCGAGCCACCGCUGAUUGUUACUAUCGACAUCGUGGUAUUGAUAGUAGCCGCGGUGGGUCGCAGAAGAUUCCGCCGUAUUCCAAAGUCUGCGUGGAGAUCUGCCCUAAGGAUGAAGGCACCAGCUGGGCCGAAAGGUCGACGAUGAUGAUGGUGAUUGCUAUUGGCGAUGAGAAGGAGAACCUGGAAUUCGUCACUGCCAUUUACCAGCUGGAAGAUGGACAGGAGGAGGAGGAGGUAGCUGCUCAUAAUGAGACUUGA